AUGCCCGGCGGCCCGAGUCCCCGCAGCCCGGCGCGGCUGUUGCGCCCCCUCCUCCUGCUGCUCCGCGCCCUGGCGCUCGGCGCCCCCGGACCCGCACCAGGGCGCCCGAGCGAGGGCCGCGCGGCGCUGGACGUGGUGCACCCGGUGCGCGUGGACGCGCGCGGCUCCUUCCUGUCCUACGAGCUGUGGCCGCGCGCGCUGCGCAAGCGGGACGUGUCCGCGCGCCGCGCCGCGCCCGCCUUCUUCGAGCUGCAGUUCCGCGGGCGCGCGCUGCGCUUCAACCUGAGCGCCAACCCGCACCUGCUGGCGCCCGGCUUCGUGAGCGAGACGCGGCGGCGCGGCGGCCUGGGCCGCGCGCACAUCCGGGCCCGCGCGCCCGCCUGCCACCUGCUCGGCGACGUGCAGGACCCGGAGCUGGAGGGCGGCCUGGCGGCCAUCAGCGCCUGCGACGGCCUGAAAGGCGUGUUCCAGCUCUCCGGCGAGGACUACUUCAUCGAGCCCCUGGACGGCGCCCCGGCCCGGCCCGGCCACGCCCAGCCCCACGUGGUGUACAAGCGGCAAGCCCCGGGGAGGCGGGCAGAGCGGGGCAACUCCAGCGCCCCGGGCACCUGUGGAGUGCAAGCGUCCCCAGAGCUGGAGUCCCGCCGGGAGCACUGGGAGCAGCGGCAGCAGCGGCGGAAGCGGUCGCGGCGUCUGCACCAGCGCUCGGUCAGCAAAGAGAAGUGGGUGGAGACCCUGGUGGUGGCCGAUGCCAAGAUGGUGGAGUUCCACGGGCAGCCACACGUGGAGCUCUACGUGCUGACCAUCAUGAACAUGGUGGCCGGCCUGUUCCACGACCCCAGCAUCGGGAACCCCAUCCACAUCACCGUCGUGCGCCUGGUCCUGCUGGAGGAGGAGGAGGGGGACCUGAAGAUCACGCACCACGCGGGCAACACGCUGCAGAGCUUCUGCAAGUGGCAGAAAAGCAUCAACAUGAAGGGGGACGCCCACCCGCUGCACCACGACACUGCCAUCCUGCUCACCAGGAAGGACCUGUGUGCCACCAUGAACCGGCCCUGCGAGACGCUGGGGCUGUCGCACGUGGCCGGCAUGUGCCAGCCGCACCGCAGCUGCAGCAUCAGCGAGGACACCGGCCUGCCGCUGGCCUUCACCGUGGCCCACGAGCUCGGACACAGUUUUGGCGUUCAGCACGACGGCAGCGGCAAUGACUGUGAGCCUGUUGGGAAACGGCCUUUCAUCAUGUCUCCACAGCUCCUGUACGACGCCGGGCCCCUCACCUGGUCCCACUGCAGCCGCGAGUACAUCACCAGGUUCCUCGACCGCGGGUGGGGCCUGUGCCUGGACGACGCCCCUGCCGAGGAUGUCCUCGACUUCCCCUCUGUGCCUCCUGGCGUCCUCUACGACGUGAGCCACCAGUGCCGGCUGCAGUACGGCCCCUACUCCGCCUUCUGCGACAACAUGGACAACGUGUGCCACACUCUCUGGUGCUCUGUGGGGACCACCUGUCACUCCAAGCUGGACGCAGCCGUGGACGGCACCAAGUGUGGGGAGAGCAAGUGGUGCCUCAGUGGAGAGUGUGUGCCCGUGGGCUUCCGGCCCGUGGACGGGGGCUGGUCCGGCUGGAGCGCCUGGUCCACCUGCUCGCGGAGCUGCGGCGUGGGGGUGCAGAGUGCGGAGCGGCAGUGCACGCAGCCCGCGCCCCGACACAAGGGCAGGUUCUGCGUGGGCCAGCGCAAGCGCGUGCGCCUGUGCCACCCGCAGGCCUGCCCCGCCGGCCAGCCCUCCUUCCGCCAGGUGCAGUGCAGCCGCUUUGACGCCGUGCUCUACAAGGGCCGGCUGCACACCUGGGUGCCCGUGGUCAGCGACGAGAACCCCUGUGAGCUGCACUGCCGGCCCGCCAAGGAGCACUUCGCCGAGAAGCUGCGGGACGCCGUGGUGGACGGCACCCCCUGCUACCAGGGCCGGGCCAGCCGGGACAUCUGCAUCAACGGCAUCUGCAAGAGCGUGGGCUGCGACUUGGAGAUCGACUCGGGCGCUGAGGAGGAUCGCUGUGGUGUGUGCCGGGGUAACGGCUCCACCUGCCACACCGUGAGCGGGACCUUCGAGGAGGCCGAGGGCCUGGGGUACGUGGACGUGGGGCUGAUCCCGGCCGGCGCGAGGGAGAUCCGCAUCGAGGAGGUGGCGGAGGCCGCCAACUUCCUGGCGCUGCGCAGCGAGGACCCGGAGAAGUACUUCCUCAACGGGGGCUGGAUCAUCCAGUGGAGCGGGGACUACGCUGUGGCCGGGGCCACCUUCACCUACGCGCGCACUGGCCACUGGGAGAACCUCACGUCGCCCGGCCCCACCAGCGAGCCCAUCUGGAUCCAGCUGCUGUUCCAGGAGAGCAACCCCGGGGUGCGCUACGAGUACACCAUCCAGAGGGAGGCCCACGGCGGCGGCCAGGCCAGGCCGCCCGAGUUCUCCUGGCACCACGGGCCCUGGACCCCGUGCACAGUCACCUGCGGCACAGGCGUGCAGCGGCAGAGCGUGUACUGCGCGGAGCGGCAGGCGGGGCCCGUGGACGAGGAGCACUGCGACCCCCUGGGCCGGCCCGACGACCGCCAGCGCAGGUGCAGCGAGGAGCCCUGCCCGGCCAGGUGGUGGGCCGGUGAGUGGCAGCCCUGCUCCCGGUCCUGCGGGCCGCAGGGCGUCUCCCGCCGGGCCGUGCUCUGCGUCCGCAGCGUGGGGCUGGACGAGCAGAGCGCCCUGGGCCCGCCCGCCUGCGAGCACCUCCCCCGGCCGCCCGCCGAAGCCCCCUGCAACCGCCAGGUCCCCUGUCCGGCCACCUGGGCCGUGGGGAACUGGUCCCAGUGCUCGGCGACAUGCGGGGCGGGCGCUCAGCACCGCGUUGUACUUUGCACCAAUGACACUGGCCUCCCCUGCGAGGAGGCCCGGCGGCCGGCAAGCGAGGCCCCCUGCGCCCUGCCCGCCUGCCCGCGGCCCCCCAGUGCGCUGGGCCCCGAGGGCUCGGGCAGCGGCUCCUCCAGCCAUGAGCUCUUCAAUGAGGUCGACUUCGUCCCCCGCCACCCAGCCCCGCGCCCUGUGCCCUCCGAGACCCCCGAGCCGGCCGGCCUGGGCAACACCAUCGAGGAGCAGGACCUGGAGCCCGGCCCGCCGGGGCCCGUGUUUGUGGACGACUUCUACUACGACUACAACUUCAUCAACUUCCACGAGGACCUGUCCUACGACCCCUUCGCGGAGCCUGAUCCCGUCCUGGCGGGGACAGGGCCUUGGGCGCCCCCACCCCAGGGCAGCCCCACAGAGCCCGCCACAGAACCCGCCACGGAGCCCCCCACGGAACCUGCCACAGAACCCCCCACAGAACCCGCCACGGAAUCCCCCACAGAACCCCCCAUGGAGCCCCCCACAGAACCUGCCAUGGAGCCCCCCACGGAACCUGCCAUGGAGCCCCCCACGGACACCCCCAUGCUGGCCACGUGGCCCCCCAUGGCUGGGGAGGAAGGAGGGCCUCGAUCUGGGGCCCUGGGCCCUGGGCUCAGCCGGGCUGUCCCAGCCCUGCCCCCACCCUCGGAGCAGACCCCCCGGACCCCCUUGACCAACUUCUUGUCUGAGGAAAAUGUCCCCCCUGUGGGGGCCCCGGGCCCUGGGCCCCCCAGCCUGCCCUGGCCACUGACUCCCGUCCACGGUGUGGCCAUGCCUGCUGCCCCGGGGGGCCCAGACGAGCUCCCGGUGGGGGAGGACGGGACCAAUGAGGUUUCCCAGGACGACAGCAUGGGGCCUGUGGGCCUCGGUGUGUACCCCCCGCCCCUGAGGCUGAGCCCUGCACGGCCCCCUCUGCCCCCUGGGGGCCCCACCCCCUCCUCUCCUGGUGCCGCGGUGCUGGAGCCGUGGACAGAGAGGGGAGACGGGUCCCUGGAGCCGGGGACCCCCCCCACCCCACCCUCGGGCCUGGGCUCGGGGGACCUGCAGACUCUGGCCACACCGGGGCGCUUCCCGUGGACUGGCCCGGGGCCCGUGUCCUGGGCGACUGCCCUGAGCCCAGGACCCUGGGGCCAGCCUGAGUCCCCGGAGGCCACACCGGCCCAGGACAGCCCCACCCACCGCAGCGGAGCCGCCGGGGCCCUGCCCCUCGCCCCCCGCCUGGCCCCGGAGGGGGUCCCCGUGGACCUGCCGGUCGCAGGGAACGCCAGCUGGCAAGUGGGGGCCUGGAGUGAGUGCUCCACCACCUGCGGCCUGGGCGCCGUGUGGAGGCCGGUGCGCUGCAGCUCUGGCCGCGAGGAGGACUGCGCCCCUGCCAGCCGGCCCCAGCCCGCCCGCCGCUGCCACCUGCGGCCCUGCGCGGCCUGGCACGCGGGCAACUGGAGCAAGUGCUCCCGCAGCUGCGGCGGAGGCUCCUCGGUGCGGGAGGUGCAGUGCGUGGACGCCCGCGACCUGCGGCCGCUGCGGCCCUUCCACUGCAGGCCGGGCCCCCCCAAGCCUCCUGGCCAGCGGCCCUGCGGCACCCGGCCCUGCCUCGGCUGGUACACCUCGUCCUGGAGGGAGUGCUCCGAGGCCUGCGGCGGCGGCGAGCAGCAGCGCCUGGUGACCUGCCCAGAGCCGGGGCUGUGCGUGGAGGCGCUGAGGCCCCACAGCACGCGGCCCUGCAACACCCAGCCCUGCACCCAGUGGGUGGUGGGGCCCUGGGGCCAGUGCUCAGCACCCUGUGGCGGUGGCGUGGAGCGGCGCCUGGUCAAGUGUGUCAACACCCAGACGGGGCUGCCCGAGGAGGACGGCGGCCAGUGUGGCCACGAGGCGUGGCCCGAGAGCUCCCGGCCCUGCGGCUCCGAGGACUGUGAGCCGGCCGAGCCCCCACGCUGUGAGCACGACCACCUGUCCUUCCGCUUCUGCGAGACACUGCGCCUGUUGGGCCGCUGCCAGCUGCCCACCGUCCGCGCCCAGUGCUGCCGCUCCUGCCCCCCGCCCAGCCACGGCGCCCCCUCCCGCGGCCACCAGCGAGAGGCCCGGCGCUGACCGGGCCCGGCCCAUGCCGGGUGCAGACCGUCCGACC